GCUGCCAUUUUAACCUGUGUCGUGGUUGUUAGCCUAACUCUCUACACAUUCUGGGCAGCAAAGAGAGGCCAAGACUUUAGCUUCCUCGGGCCCUUUCUUUUCGCUUCCCUCAUGGUUCUCAUUGUUUUUAUGCUCAUUCAGAUCUUCAUCCCGUUAGGGAAACUAGGUUCAAUGAUUUAUGGGUGUUUAGCAGCACUCAUAUUCUCUGGCUACAUCGUAUUUGAUACCGACAACCUGAUCAAGCGCUUCGACUAUGACCAACACAUCCCGGCUGCAGUAAGUCUUUAUCUGGACAUCAUCAACCUGUUUCUUGCUCUUGUUACAGCCAUGAAUGGUAGCGACAACUAGUGUCUUUGCUUCUCUUACAUACUCACUCCUCUUGGCACAUCUUCUGGCUGCUGAUAAAAAACCAUUGGGUCAUGCAUCAACUUGCUAAUUCUGUUCUUUAUGCUGUGGUAGCUCUAAAUAUAGGGUGUCACUGCAUAUCAUAAUUGUAAAUGGAGUAGCUUUAACAAACUAAACUUGG